UCUUCUGCUGCAAAAGGGACAGCAAUUUACCUCUUGGUGUUGUGGGAAAGCAGAAGAGAAGGAGCGAGUGUCUGCAAGAGAAAAAAAAAAUGUCCUACGGAACACAGGCUGGUAGAGCAGGACUCUUGGCUGGUUUGGCUCCGGUUAUGGAUGUGUGUCUGAGCCCCGUGCAGCAGCCCAGGUGCCUGGGGCAGGAGCCCAACUUGGCAGCUGGCAGCAUGGAGGCCGAAGAGGAGGAGGGUCUCCAGAAAGAUGGCGUCGGGGGACCCUCAGGAGAUUCUAACAAACUAGAACCAACUCUUCAUAGCCUCCAGAAAUUUGCUCCUACAGAUUAUGACAGCUACACUCAGGAGUGUUACUGGUUUGCAGGCAAGAAGAUAGUCAUUCAAGAAUCCAUAGAGAGCUACGGAGCAGUGGUGUGGCCGGGGGCUACGGCUUUGUGUCAGUAUUUGGAGGAACAUACGGAUGAACUGAAUUUUCCAGAUGCUAAAAUACUUGAAAUUGGUGCUGGACCAGGCCUCGUUUCCAUCGCGGCCAGCAUUUUAGGAGCUCAAGUCACAGCAACGGAUCUGCCUGAUGUCUUGGGAAACCUUCAAUACAAUCUUUUAAAAAAUACACUAAAACGCACAGCACAUCUGCCUGAAGUGAAGGAGCUGGUGUGGGGGGAACAUCUGGAACAGAACUUCCCCAAGUCAACCUUUUACUAUGACUACGUUCUGGCCUCGGACGUGGUCUACCACCACUACUUCCUGGACAAGUUGCUUGCCACCAUGGUGUACUUUUCCCAGCCAGGGACAGUGCUGCUUUGGGCAAACAAGUUCCGGUUCAGCACAGAUUAUGAAUUUUUAGAUAAAUUCAAGCAAGUUUUUGAUACAACACUCUUGGCUGAAUAUCCAGAGUCAUCUGUCAAACUUUAUAAGGGGAUUCUAAAAUGGGACUAAGUCACGCAAAAGGGCUUUCAAAAUACUAGUGUCUUAAAAAAACAAAACAAAACAAAACACUAGUGUCUUUUGAGCUGUGUUAGAAGCCACACUGGCAACAAAUGAAUUCUUGUACAAGAGUGAGAAGGUGCUGCGUAGGACACCUUAACAGUGCAGAUACUGUCUAAAAUAAGGCUGUCUGGUUAACCUGAAUAUCUACAGGAGUAACAUAAAAACAUGAAAGUAGUUUUGUGGGUUUCCAAGAGCCUCAAUUACAUGUUUAAUAAAUUUUACCUG